GGCAUGGCAGACAUUCCUGGUAUUUCUAGUAAAAGCAUAUUCUGAUUUUUAAUCAGGUAUUUUGAACGCGGCGAGAAAGUUAACACCUCCUUUUAUUUUCAUAUUCUUUUACCGUAAUUUGGUUAUCGCACGGGCUCUCUUAAUUUAUCGUUUGCCUUUUCAUUAAUUGGAGGAAUGGAUCACAUGACCUAAGCAUUACCUCUCGUGCAAACGUCAGUCUUUCAAAUGUUCGAAAUUUAAGUUUUAUUUUAAAACAAACCAAAUUAUUGUGCAAGGUUUUAGUGGAGAGUGUGUGUUAUACCGGAAUUUUUUCGUUAAAAUGAAUGAAUAUAGUGGAAAUUCUUCAUGCCGUAAUUUUAUAAUGCUAUCUCGAAAGAUGCAUUUACUUUUCUUACGAUACAUUUUAGGCGGGAGAUUGCGAGCACCCCCAGAAGCUGAUUUGACAUAUUUGAUUUCCACAUUUCAGUAUGGUGCAAAAACGGAUCGAAGAGCUUUACAAAGCAAGUUUAAAAGCUGGGCGAAACGAAUGGUUGUAGAAAAUUAUAAAUUGAAACUUAUAUGUUCUGGUAAGGAAAUAAUUCCCAUAGAAGAUAGUUGUAAAAUUGUGAUGGACAUUCAUUUUCAAGGUCAUCAAUCCAUCAGCCAAGUGAUUCAGCAGAUUCAAGAGAAAUACACUUGGACAAAGAAAAAUUUUGGAAUGGACCGGGUGAUGAUUGUUGAUUUUAUACUAAAGAACUGUAACAAUCUGGAUUGUAUUCGAGCAAUCGAAAGUAACGAAUUUAUGAGAAAUUACCAGCGAGAAGAUUACUUUAAAGAUAUGAUGCUUUCUUCGGACCCUGGUAUUUGCAACAUAUAUAAUCAAAUGCAGCAAGGCUCCGUUUCGAUGGCAAAUCCUUCUACAUUUUAUGGUUUGACAAAAGGUCACCCUUUGUCUUCAAGUUCGAGUGACAUUGAAAAUAGUUUUUCGAGUGAUUUAAAAAUCACUAAUGUGAGAAGCAUUAAACCCGUUCCUGAUAAUUUAGCGAAAGGAACUCUUUCGAAGGGAAUUCCAAAAAACUUUGAAAUUGGUCUGCAGAAAACUACAACUAGCAUCAGGGAAAUGUCAUAUACGAAAUCCGAUGAUAAUAAGCUGAAAACGCAGAAAUCUUUGAGAGUAAUACCGCGAUCAUUUCGAAAACCAAAGAAUAUCAAUGAUUUUAAUGCUCUUUUGAGAGCUGCAGAGCAGUUUUCCAAUUACCCGGCAGUUUUAUAUAACCCGAAAACUAAGUUUUUGGGUAACUUUGGUUUGGUUCCCAAGCGAAUAUGUAGCAAAAAGACUCUUACGAAAGUCGAGAAAGAAAAGAAAAGGAAAAAGAUACAAGACCGGCAGAAUAUGAUAUAUCAUCAAAACAGAAAAAAUCUUCGAGAUCGGAACAAGCUUAACAAAAUAAAGCUGAAAGAAAUGGAGAGGCGAGCCUACUUGGAAAAUUUCAAAAGAAAUUCUGUGGAUAGAUUAUGUAAGAUGGUUUCUAAGAGUUCUUCUGGGACUAUGUCGAACUAUUCAAACAGUGCUAUUAGCAAUAGCACUGAAUCUAAUGAUGUCAUUAGCAGUGCUGAUGAUAGUGAAAUUGAGAUUGUUGAAAUUGUUCCGAAAAUAGAUGGACCGGAAGUUAUAGAUAUCGUAUCAUCUGAUGACGAAAAUAACUUUGAGAAUUGUUCUUUCAAACCCAAAGAUUCGAGUAGGGAUGUAACGAUAUUGACGAAUGGUAAUAAGACAAUGAAUGUAGAAAGUAAUUUGAAAAGAAAUGAAACUAUGAGUUCUCUGAAGAAAUGUAAAGAUGAUGGUUUGAAACCCAACCAGCAAAGCAAGGAUAGUCCCGGAUCAACUAGUAGCACCCUUAAAUCAGAAACUCAAAACAGAUUCUGUUCGAUUUUCAAACAACCAUACCUUCUUCCACCAAAAUCUAAAGGAGAAGUUGCAAUUUUACCGUCCCUACAAUGCCGUCCUCCAUUAUCAAUCCAAAACAAAAUAGCUGGUUCUCUCAACGCUCAGAGUUCCAAUCCAGUAAAAUUAUCGAAAGCCUUUAUGCAAGGCAAAAAAUCUAUUUUGCAGCCUAUUUCGAGUGUGAUGGGGCGUAAAAGUUCUAACAUGCAAAGAUUAUUGACUUCAGGAAUUGCCAACAAGAUUCCUCGUGACAUUAAUGUUUAUUUGGUGAAAAAACAACCGAGUGGUGUGAUUAAAAUGGUUCCUUGCAACAGAGUUGUUACAACUAAUAAUGAAAGUUUACAGUACGUCAAAGAAGCUAGUCCGAUAUCGGUUAUAAAUUCUGGAAGGUGCGUGGAUAUUCCGACUAAGACAAAAUACAGAGCCAUUUUGCCUGUGCCUGACAGAGUUUUGGAGUUGAACCGCCUGAAAGUUUUAGAUGAAAACAAGCUGUUAAUUGAUGAAGAGAUGGCUAAACUGUCAAAGUGGAUUGGAGGCAUGAAAAGUACCGUGGCUCGUACAUAUUUCCAGCUUAAUGUUCAAAAAUCGAAGCAAAGGCUAGAAUCACAUGUGAAUGCUGCUAUUGCCAUAGUGAAAAACAUUCGGAGAAAGCUGUGGGAAAUUGAAAAGCUGGAAGAACAAGUUAAUAGCAUGUCUAAUGAUACAAUUUUAGAACAAAAACAGCAUCAUUAAGCCAGUAGAAUGCCUGAUCUAGGUCUCCUUCGCACAAAUAAGGCAAUCUCGUCCAUCUUACAACUUCAAAACCACAGUCAGAAAACACGGUUUCCGUGAGAGCGGAU